AUGUCAAAACAUGCGCUGCUUAAGAAGAAAUAUUGUAAAGAUAAGCGGGGUCUUCGAAAGACUGCAAGAAAUCAUUUCGCUGGUGGAGAUACAGCGUGGGAGGAAAGGAAUUUGGGAAAAUAUGCGACAAGCGAAACACGGUUCAUUGAAACUAUGGAGGACAUUUGUAAGAAGGCUGCUGUGAAUGACCAGCACGUGUAUAGUGGGCUCGAGAACUUGGAGUCCAAGGAAUAUGAGGAAAUCCUUGAAGAAUAUUAUUAUAAGCAUCAAUCAAGCAAUAUGACUGCGUGGCUUUGCGAAUCACGAUUGGAGGUAUGUUGUCCGGAUGGUCAUUAUGGAAAAGACUGUACAAAGUGCCCAGGACUAGAACUUUCUGGAUCAGUAUGCUUCGCUCAUGGAUCAUGUCAUGGUGAUGGUAGUAGAUCAGGAACGGGAACAUGUAAAUGCGAUCAUGGUUAUUCUGGCAAUAUGUGCAGGAAAUGUGCGCCUGAUUUCUUUGAAAAAUCGAAGUCAGAAAAUUCUAUCGCAUGUGAAGGGUGCACAGGUGCUGGUCCAAAGGCUUGUGUACGGUGCCGAAGCGGUUGGACCAAAACAGAAGAGGGUUGUGUAGAUAUUGAUGAAUGUGAAAUCGAAAAAAGCUGUACGAGAGCAAAUGAGAAAUGCGUCAAUGAGGCUGGUUCAUUCAGAUGUGAAUGUGUCGAAGGUUAUAAAAGGGAAGGAGAUGAAUGCGUGCUGGAUGUAGAAGCAAAGCCGUAUCGGAUGCUGAUACCUCCAGACACGAUGCUGAAGACUAUUUCUAUGUUAAGUUUGGCAGCAAUCAUCGCUUUUGUGGUUUGGCGACGCUCGAUGCUCUUGCUCUUCUUAACAGCCAUAGCUGUGGUGCUGAUUAUCUUCAUAGAUAUGAACGUAAAUCCUGAAUCAGUGUCAGAUGAAGUCAAGCAGUAUUUGAGCCUGUGA